AUGGACAUAAUCCUCGUCGAGAAUAGCCUGAAGGUGCUAACAGUUGACCCACGUGUCGAGCGGGGCAAGCGGACUAGGAAUAUACCGAACUGGGCGAUGGAUUUGAAUGACUCUGUGAAGGAUGGAGUUGACAUGCAUCACCGGCGUUGGGGUAAUGGAUGGAUCUAUAGUGCCUGUCUAUCAGACGAUGUAGACAAGCAAGCCCUGCUAGAAGCAGCAGCUGACCCACAGCCCCAUUUCAAUGUGCUAGGACUAACGAGCAUCAUGAUAGAUACCGUAGAUGUCUUGUCCCCCGUCAGCUUAUCCAACGGAUACUUCGAAACUAAACCCAAUGUGGUGAUAUCUCAGAUGCUUGAGGAUUGGAUGGACCUAGCACGCAACCACAGUCGACUGGGAAUCUUCAGGGACAAGGCUUUCCAUAGGCUCGUGGUCGGUGGUGCCAUGCAAAAUAGCGAGCAGAAGCUCAAAAUACGGCCCAACGAGGACGACUUGCGCCAGGUGGCCGACUUUGUUCAAAAUGAAAGCAGAGGCAACUAA